CGAUUCGUUAGAAAAUUCAACUUCAUCGAUCGAAAACCCUAGCUUCCUUCUCAGUCCUCUCUUUCCUAUGGAUCUCUUCAAAUCAGUUCUCUCCGAAUACGAUCAUCAACAACGACCCGAUUCACCUGAUUCCACUCCUCUCGACGAUCCCACAACUUCUUCUUCUUCUUCAUGGAGCUUCGGAAGUCUGAUCAAAACCCUGACAACCAAAUCCGAAUCCGUAAUCGGAUCCUACCGUCAUGAUUUCCAGGAAUUCGGAUCCGAAUUAAAGAAAGAAACCUCCGUGAUCCGACGAGUAGCUUCUCGUGCCGUCAAGGACUUACCUGACUCUCUCGAAAUUGGCGCCUCCGUCGCUCAAGAGUCUCUCGAAUCGGUUGGUCAAGCGAUCGACGAUAUCGGCGCCACAGUUUGGAAAUCAACGGCUAAGAUCAUUUCUCAUGGUAAGGAAUCUCUGUUAUCUUCUUCACCGGAAGAUUCCGAUAAUCGUAGAAAUCAUCAUCAGGGCUUUUCUGUGAAACCGUAUAGUCGAUUCGAGAUGCAAUUGCUUGCGAUUCAAUCUGAUAAAGGGACGUAUGUUAGAGAACCAGAUGAUUUUGAGGAUUUUGAGAAUUGGAUUUUAGAGUUUAAGUUAGAGGCGAAAGAGGGUAAGAUUGUUGAUUUAAUCAAUGAAAACAAAGCUGUGAAAGAGAUUUAUGAGGAGAUUGUUCCUGUGGAAGUUGAUGCUGAAACUUUCUGGAGGAGGUAUUACUAUAAGUUGCAUAAACUUGAGCAAGUAGAAGAGGCUAGAGUUAAGCUUGUGAAGAGAGCUAUCUCUGGAGAAGAGGAGGAGGAUUUGAGCUGGGAUCUCAAUGAUGAAAGCGAUGAAACCUGUGGCGAGUCUUUACUGAUUCCGGUCUCAGAAGGAAAAUGUUCAGACACUGAGACUAGAGGUUCAGUGGAGGAAGAGAAGUUUGAGAGCAGAGAAGUGUCGUCUAAGGACAGCGAUAUCUCGAUGAUUUCGACACAGCCGUCGUUACCUGAGGUUGAAGAUCUUGGGUGGGAUCAGAUGGAAGAAGAUAUCAGAUGUAAUGAGGAUAAGAGUUUGGAAGCUGUUCAAGGGUCUGAGGAGAAAACUGAUUGGCGAAGACGGGUAAGUGUAGCAGAGGAAGAAGAGGAUUUAACUUGGGAUAUUGAAGAUGAAGAUGAUGAGGACUCUGUUAAACAAUAAACAAGAGUAGUAGUUGUGUUAUAGUAAAGGUAAGAUUUGGAGUCAAAGUGUGAUCAUAAGUCUGUAAGUUAUCAAUGCUGAAGACAAUGAGUCUGCUAAAACUCGAAUCUUCUGUGUUCGUCAAACAAGCAGAAACGGGCUGCUACAUAUCUAUCUGUCUUGUUCAGUGACGGGUAAAAGAGUGAAUACGAUUCUUCCUGAACGUGCAUACUCACAAUAAUUUGUAUAAUACUCUUGAUCCAGUGAAUAUAAACGAAUUUGUACAAUACUUUAAAUAUGUCACAACUCAAAGAACAAAACAGUUGUUCAAGGAACAAGUUAGCAUUCAUUAAGUGAAUCUUCUUUGAAUAUAAUGCGACAUUAUAAUAUCAGUAAUUUGUUUUUGUUA